AUGUCCGGCACAAAGCAAGUCCGCGAUGCGCUGCCUUUCACCAUACAGGCCUACACUUUCACGGGCGGAGAACUCGGUCUAAAUGCAAAACGGCCGUGUCCCGGCAAGUCAUACAUCGACACAAAUGAGAUUAUUGUUCGUGUUUAUAACGCUACGAUUGCUGAGGAAGCCGGCUUCUGUGGAGAAGUCAUAGCGAUCGGCGAUUAUGUCGACACCUACUCUAUCGGUGACUAUGUCUUUGGCGGCAAGCAAAAACCAGCACUGCAACCAUAUAUCGUUGUCAAGCCGGAAGAUCUGGCUGUACUCCCAUCGAAGAUGUCACCUGCCGCAGCUGCACGGCUCUAUGCAGCGACGCCAGUCUAUGCUGCGCUUCAAAACCUAGAGAUGGGACAGCGCGUUGCUAUCCUAGGCGAUAUGACUGGCUUUGCUGUUCAAAUUGCAGUGCAAAAGAAGUGUAUUGUAACGUCCAGUGAGCCGCACGAUGUGGGCGAGACGGCGGUCAUCGAAGAGGACAACUUCCUGGAAUACCUCAGCCAACAGCCAGACCCGUUCGAUGUGAUUGUCGAUGCAACAGGCGAUUUGGACUUGUACGCUUACUGCGAGCAAUUCACAACACGCGCCGCCGAGUACAUCUCCAUUAACCCCAUCAACACAAUUCAAGCAACAAAAGCCCAGCUGCUGCCUGCAUUUCUCGGGGGUGGUACACGAAAGUUGACGGUGAGCAAACUACCAGUAGGCCAACACAAAGCAGACCUACUCAACACGCUCGCCAAGGAGGUACAGGAGGGCCGUUUACGUGUGCUUGACCAGCGUGUCGUUUCCUUUGAAGCAGUCUUGCAAGUCUACCCUGCCAUCAGAGAAGUGACAGUCGUCAAUGUCAUCAAGCAAAGCGAGUUGACACCAGAAGAGCCAGAGGAGCCGGCACAACCAAAGAAUAAGGGCAAAGCAAAAGCGGUGGCACCUUCGCCAAAGCCAAAACGCUCGCCAACUCAGAAACGCCGAGCACCAACGCAGAUUGCUGAGCAGGCCGCUUCGCCGAAUAAAAAUUACUCUCCAAGGAAGCCCUCCCGACUCCAAGAAUCCAUCUUGGCAGACCAAGCCGGUGAAAGUAGCCCUGAGAUGCGUGAUGCUGGCUUCAUGGGCGACGAGCAGCACAAGUCGCUGCACGCCCUGCAAAACGGCGCCGGUGACGAUGAGAUUGCGCAGACGGAUUUGAUUGAUCAUGCAACGCCACCGCGAAAGACCGAUCGAACCGGUUGGCCCAGGCAGGCGACUCUCCAGGACGAGUACGAGCUGAGUGAUUUGAAGCACCGACAAGGAACACUCCUAUUCGAUGCUGGAAUCGAACACCAGGACCUUUCUACGGCGGAACUUUCACUUCCUGACCGGAGUGCCGAAGCCAUUGAUUAUCCUGUCGAUGAAGGUGAUUCUGAGUAUGAAGAUAUCGACGACGCAGAUGAUGAGGAAGAAGAGGCGGAUACGUCUACCACCUUUAACAAGGUACAAUACGCAGCGCAGCCAACUGCCCAAGACGACAAGGCUGCAGCGCUCAAGGAGGCUGAAGACAAGAUUGCUGCGCUACAACGCCAGAUUGAGAUGCUCUCGCGCGUGGAAAUUCCCGUCAAGCAACAAGUUACAGUACGCAAGUUGAGUAAAGAACGCCGCAAGAGCAAAGAAUCUAGUCACGGCCGUUCGAGUAAAGAAGAAGAACGCCCGCACCACGGCUUGCUUGUAGACACUGAAGCAGCCCAUGUCGCUGCUCACUCUCAAGUCAAGACGCCAUCUCCGACUGCAACAAAGCACAAACGCAAAGACAGCAGACAUCGCUCAAGCUCCGGCGAGGACACGGGCCAUGCUGCAAAUCCAGAUGUCUUGGCCAACGAGUCUGAGGACGAAGAAGAAUCGUCCAAGUUGAUUAAUUAG